AUGACGAUGGACGGUAAGCGACACGGUGCCCCGAUUUAAACAUUUCGAGGUCCAAAAAUCGAGACAAAAAAAAAAAAAAAAACAUGACCCGUCCCGGCUUUCUCGGUUUUCACCGAAUUCACAACGAUAUUAAUAAUUACUGAUUUCCCGUGUUUUGUCAUUCAUAACCUAUUAUAAAUAUUAAAUAACACCGAAAACAAAGUUAAACAAAUUAUUUCGUAUUAUUAAUUUUAAUAAAAAAAAAAGCUGACAUUUUUGACGGAUAUGCCUCCGCCAGUAUUUUAGUUGGGAAUUAUUUGCAAAUUUAGGGUCCAUAAAAUUGUUUAAUUAACAUCCGUAUACGCCGCUGCAACGAUAAAUCAUUGCUGAUGAAAUACGAUUCUGAACGAAGUUCGGUUUUUUUUUGAAACAAUAUUUUACCUCGCCUAGAGAAGUCCAAUUAUUUUAUUAUUGAAAACCAAAUCGCAACAAAAAUACAAAAUCGACAAUGAUAAUUAAUUAUAAACUCUCCCGUUUAUCCUAAGUAAUUUCCCUUGGUUUUUCUCAAUUAUUAAUGAAAUCCAAAAAAAUAUCCUACACGAGUUUCUUACAUGCUAACUAAAUACAAUUUUCGUUUAGAAAAAAUGCUAUACUAGUUCGCGGUGCAAGGGUAGAAAAACCGAAUCGAAAAUAUUAAAACUUUAAAUUGCCGUAAAUAUUUUCCGUUUUUCACAUAUGUUUUUUUCUGGUUUUUCCAAUGUAUAAUAAAAGCCAUAGAAAAAUAAAAAAAUUACGUCCUCAAUGCACUGACUAAAUUAAAAAUUCUACGAAAAAGCUCUUUUGUUGUUAUUUGAUUGGAGCACGAUUUUUGAUAGAAAAGUUGUUUAAAAGCAAAAAUAUAUAAACAAAAUUACCCGCAUCGUAGUAAAACCAAAGUAAUAAUAACAAUACAAUUUUUCUUGAUUUUAUUGAAACAAAUUAUUUGCUUAUCAAGUCAUCAAGGUUUAAAGUAGAAGUAAGUUAAAUUUAUAAUUUCCUAUUAAAAGUAUAAAGCUAUUUUAUAAUCAAUUAUUUUUUGCGUCAAGUUUAUAACGUGAUAAGGUGAUAAUGUACCUAUAUUUAACUAAUCUAUUAAUUUGUGUUUGCAUAAUUUGUAAGUUUCUGUAGACAUUUCAAUUUUUUUUUCGAAAAUGUUUGGGUUGCAAAAGUAUACGGAAACCCUUACUGGUUUAUACGCAAUUAAUGCAAAAAAUUUAUCAAAAAUAUUAAAGAAACUACUAAAUCCCGUAUACUCAACAUAAUUGUUAUUCCCCAACUCCUUUUCCCACGUAUUAUUUUCCACGGAUGUCCAUGAUUCCCGAGAUACAGGAUUAAUUUUUUUUUUUAUUCUACUAAAUCACCUUGCACAAAAUACUGCAUGUUUCUGAUUAUACAAUACUAUCGAUUGUAAACAAUUAUGAUGAUUUAUUGUGAGACAACCAUAUCUCAUUUUUUUUUUUUUUUGGAAUAGAUAUUCAAUACCAACGUAUUAAUUUGAAAUUGAAUAUAUUUUGAAUAAAAUAUAGCAACAUUGCACUAUAUACGUUUGUUUUUUUUCGUACGGGUUUUUAGUUAUAUAAAAACGCAUUGCAUAUAAUUAUGCAAAUAUUAUAUAGGUGUGCGUAUAUUAAAGUUUGUCAAAAGUUUUUUGCGGCUACUCUCGAAAUUAAUGGACUAAAAAAAUUGUAAGAAAAAUAUGAUUUUUUAACAAAUAAGUUUUUAAAGUAAUUUACCGCGAUGCAACAAAGAAGUCGCGGUUUAUAUUUUAAAAGACUGACUUUAUUAUACUAUAAUCUCUCAAUGUCGUCACCUUAAUGUUAUACACAAAAAUUUUAUAUAAUUUAACAGUACGAUAUUUUACAUGUUAAGUGAAUGUUUAUGUAACGAACAUUUAAUGGUACAAUCAGUUUGUCUAAACAGUCAAGACGGAAGAAAACUAUUCGUUUUUUUUUUUUACACAUUUAGACUACAUUUAGCUCAUUGUUCUCAAACUUUAUAUUUGUCAGUAAAAAUGGCUUUGAGAAUGGGUACCGGGCAGUAGAUUAAUGGAAAAAAAGUAAAAAAGUGAAAAGUAUUAUCAUUACGAUGGUCGUUAAAAGAUGAAAAAUAAUUUUCAAAUGGGAAAGCAUUUUGGAAAACCGUUUCCACAAUUAAUAGAAAUAAUAUGAUAAAUGAUUUGGUCGAUACAAUAAUCGUAAAGGCAGGUCGCUUAGGUAUCGGACAAUGGCACACCUGAGAUUUUUCAAUAGGACUAACGAGAAGCUAAACUGAAAAACUCGAAUAAAAAAAUAUAUUUUACAAAACAUAUAAUUAUGUAGUUUAUACGAUUAUUUGUACUCAGUUCAAUAAAUAGUGCAAUGAAUAUUAUUUAAUAAGUAAAAAUGUUCUAACGCUGAACAGUUUAUAUUUUUAUAUAUUUUUUUAUUUAUUUAUUUAACCCGGUCAAUGGGACGCCCCCUAAGUUGUCUCCCUGGGUAUACCACUGGUACCAGAAAAAUAAUCACACGCAUAUACGAUUCUCAAUACAUAAAACAAAUUUACAAGCGUAACUCCCCCCCUCCCCCGCUAAGAUACCAACCUACGUAAUAUAUAGUAACAAAAAUUAUUCAUAAUUUAAGACGCGCGGCCAUAUGUUCCGAAUCUAUUCGCAUUCAAAACCGUUGGACGUACACCAGGAUUUUAAAUAGUUUCGGAAUAGGUAUAUAAUGUGUACGUAAUAAUAAUAAUAAUGAUGCUUAACGAAAAAAAGAAAAAAAGCUCUGUGAAGUGAUCCAUUGUAAAAUGUAUGCGAUGGUAAUAAUAAGUAAUAUAGAACAUAAUUUAUAUGAAAAAAUUACUAGACACCCGAUAAAAACGAAAGAAAACCAUAUUAAAACUAUGACGAUGUGGAUAAAAUAUUUUUCGACACGUACAAGACAAUUGUAAUAAUUCGUACGCACGUGCCGUCAUUUCGUACGCCACGUAUUUUGUAAAUGAGACAAGAAAUGUUUAUAAUAUUAUACAGAGUGAUUUAUUUAUCAUGAUUCAGCGAUUUUCUUGGGGAAAGGAUAAAUUCGAUUUUUUUUCGUUCAUUAAGGAAUCGUUUAUAAACUUUAUUUCAACACAAUUUUCACAAUUUUACCACUGCACUCUUUAAAGGGAUUGUACAUUUAUUUUUAUUAAUUGAAAAUUUAAUACUAAAGGUAAUAUUUUGAAAAUAUUAAUGACAAAUAGUAUUAUUAAACAAUUCUAAAAACUACAUGAAAAUAAUUUGAAGUCUUGAAAUCGGUUUUACUCAAAACGUCCCAAAACGUCUCAAAACGUCUCAAAAACGUAUAGAUGGUUAUCUAUAUCAUUGAGAUAUCGGAUUGUGACGCGAAAAAUGUAGCCUGCAUUAUUUUGUUCUUUUAAAAAUGAUUCGAUAAUUAUUAUUUGCGAACGUUUACGGCGCUGAUUACUUAUAAAUUAUAAAACUUGCAGUCUUGUAGAUAGAUGGAUACUAGACUAAUGUGUUUAUUGUGUUCGUCGAUGUAUUACGUAUUUUCUUCACGGACGAGCGAUCGUAAAAAAAUACACUGAAAAUCGACAACAAUUAUUGUUAUUACCUAUUAUUGUUAUUACGGAGACGGAAGAAGAGCAGUUAAAUUUAUAUCUCAUCCGGAUUUAAGGUACCUAGAGGUAGGUAUAUUAUAUGUUUGUUUACUAUAUAUAUUUUAUUCGGGUAGACAUUUUGGACGAAACAUUAUUCUUCCGAACGACAAAGGAUUAAGAAGACGUAAAUAUCCCCAUGGUUAUUGUGCAAUUCCGCCUUUUGUCGUAAUGAAUUCGCUUGUUUCAUUAUUGUACAGCAUACGUUUAAAAAAAAUCGUGGGACCUAUGUUUGUGUGUAAUACAACACAUUAUGUCAAUCGGUGCAUAUUACGAAAUUCAAUGUGUGUAAUCCGAAAGAAUAAAGUGUGUAAUGACUAAACAUUAAUAUGUAACAAUUUCCGUGUUUAAAAUAUAAAAAAAAAAACCAAAUUUUCUAAAAACACUAAUCUUAUAUAAGUACCAAAUACGACAAUAUGUUAUAGUUGUACUGCGAACAUAAUACACUGCUAUGGUAUUGACAAUGUUUAUCUAUUUUAAAAUGAACGGCAAUUAUUUAUAAUUUUUAUCAUUAGUUGAUUACUGAUAGUGUUUAGGGCCGAGAAGGGGACGGUGGUAGAUGUUCACGCUACGCUUCGAAUCUAUAACACAUCAUAGUAAAAUCAAUAAAUUUCCCAUUAUGUUCAGAAUCUAAAUAAUCUUAUAAACAAAAAACAGUAUUAUAUCAACAUGUAAUAUAUUACGAAUAUAGUUACAUAAUAUUGAACGAAAUGUACAAGAAAGCGAAUUCACGAUAUUUUACUAUCUACGGCUGUAUUAAUUAUGACUUACUAAAAUAUCUACAUCUUUUGUCCUUAAGUUUUCGGAUUUCGAGUAUAGUUUCCAUUUCAGCAGUGUCGUUUAUAUUAUUACGGUAUAAAGUUGCGUACAUUAACCCAGUCUGAAGGUAUAUAGGUAGCCGGUAGAUAUUAAAAUGUAAAUAAACAUAAAAAAAAAAAAAAAAAGUUAUCAUUAUUAAAAUCCUUUUGCCAAUUGUAGAAAUAGUCGUACACUAAAACGAUAAAUAAUACAAAGUUAACCAUUACAAGAUAUAUUUCAAAGCGGUCAACUUGUAUUCUCGUUGGAUCCGACAGCACGGCAGCUGUACCGCAAUCGGGAUAAUAAAGGGCUCUAACUUCAACAAACUGUAACUAUAUAUAUUUAAUAGGUGUAGGUACCAUAAUAUUGAGUUGUAGUUGUAUAAUGCUUAUUACGAGUUUCAGAUUUACGAGUAGAAUAAAAUAAUAAUCUAUCCAAGAUUUAAGAGAGGAAAAUCUAUAUACAGCCGUUGCGUAGCAAAAUCGGGACGUGAUGACCAUUCUCUUCCCCAGACAUUGGCAAUUUGAUAUUAUUAACAUAAUCGUUUCAUGCUUAUAUGACUUUAUAGUUUUAUUUAUAUUGCUUAGUUUAUUAGUUUUUUUCCAUAUUUCAUUGAUAAUAAAUAAGUGGUUAUCACUGUGCGUACGCUAUCAUCUGCCUUCAAUCGUAGAUAACGUUAAUUUCAAGUGACGGUAUAGUAAAAUACCUAUUAUCUACGCAAUUGUAAAAAAUUAAAAUCUUCGAAUAAAAACUUUAAUUUUCUCUUCAUUGAAUCACUUAAGUUUUUUUUUUUUUUUUUGACAUUUCAAAUUAUUAAAAUUGAAUUUAGUAAAUGACAAUAGAUACAUAAAAAAAUAUUAGUACGACUGGCGUAUAUCGCGGAAGUGAGAUGCACCACACAAGAGCGCAAAACAAUAACGUCAGUAAUAAUAUCAGGGUUAUUGUGACGAUAACAUUAUUGCGAUAACAAUGGCAAUUAGAUUUUCGUAUUGACAAUGUUGGUAAGGCCGUCGCUUUCGGGGAUAGCCCACUAUACUUUACAACCCGUCAAAAUAUCUCAGUAAAAUUCAAAUCUACCAUACAAUUUGAGUUAUAAUCAGUAAUCGUUCGGAUAAUACUUAUUAACUUCUUUGUUAAUCAGUUGGCCAUAAGUUUGUUUUCCCAAAGUGUGUUAAAUACGUGUACAAUUUAUUUUGUGUGCCUAUAAUCGGUGAGCUCCUUUUCUGAGUGAGCUCAGUGCAAAUGCCCCGUUUUUCCUUGCAUAAAUGUAGCACUGAUAGUAACUAGAAUCGUCAUAGAGGGAAAUAAUGAGCAUUUUAAACGAAUUAUUUAAAUACCUUUAAUAGAUACUAUUUUGGCGAAAACACAUUCCUCUGUUAUAAUUGAUUUAUAGAUAUCCGUGUAAAUCGACUGCAGGCCAUGCGAUUAUCCACGAGAAAAUGUUACGUUAGGGUAUAUCAUAACAAUACCUAUUAUCUUUUAGCAAAGGUUAGGGGAGUUUAUUUAGGGGUGAUGUAUGUUGGUUGUACACCGGUUAAACACAAUAUGUAUUGGAUAAAACAGUUAACUUUCUCAUUUCAGCGAUUAGUCAAAAACAUUGACAUGUUUAAUGAUACAUGGCGUUUUGCAAAGGCUGACACGGAACCACUGAAUCAGGUGUGUUAGGCGUACAUCGAUUCCGCCGAAAUAACCUUUUUGCCUGUAAAAAAUGUAUCAAUUGCGCUGGCUAUCGACUCCCCCAAACUUGUUUGCAUAAUGAUUCUAAGCAAUUUUUUUUUUUUUUGAUAGUAGCUACAAAUCGUUUACUAACAAUUAUUUCAAAUUUAUACAGUGUAACAUAAAAAGUGUACAAAAGAUUACAACUGAUUACUAAAAUAUGUAUAUUAUUUAAACCUAGAGACCACAUUAUUGGAAAAUGUAGACUUGUAUUUUUAUUUUUGAUUUCCUGUUUUUCGGUUACUUUUAUUGUUAUACAGAUUAUGAUAUGGAACUGACGCGAUAAUGUAAUAACAAUUUCCAAUAAAAUAAAUACCUAUAAAAUGUAUAUUGUAUAUAUAUAAUACCAUCUGUAUUACCUGCGACUUUGCCGGAAAUUUCAAAAAUCCUUCUUGGGUGAAUCAAUUAGUAAGUUAGUUUUUCUUCUAAUUUAUUCAACAAAAUUCUGUGUUCAAGGUUUUUAAUCUGUUUAUUCUACUUAUAUUAAAUGUAUAAUCAGAGUCGAUAGGCGGCGGAAUUAAUAUUGAAACGGCGGAAUCGAUAAAUCCCCGUGUCGACACAAUACUUUGUUGUCAAAACAGCUAACUUAUACAGUUCUUCCGAAAAGUUACAAAAAAGUUUUGGAAUUAAUGAAAACAUAUGAAAAAUGUCAACCUAACAUUAUCAAUUGUUUCGUUUAUAGAACUUUUACACUCUCCGUUCGCUCGCUCAUGUCGGAAUUUUAAUCGAAAAAAAAACUCUGGAUACAUUAUAAAUUAUAACCACUUACCGAAAAUCAGAUUCCGAAUUUUCAAUGGACAGUCAACAAAAUAUCAUAUUAUUCGUCCGCAGACGACUGGUCAAAUUGCAGCGAUGAUUCAGCCCCAGAAAAUAAAAAUUGCUUGCUGGUUACUACUACUAUUAUAAUAUGUGACAACUGACUAGUAGCAGGUACCUAUUGUUUUAACACGCGUUCUCGACAUUUGACGUUUUGAGUAUUACGAAUUUGUAUAACAGUAAUAGUAAUAACGUCUACUAUGUAUACGAAACAGUAAAUAUAAUUUUUUUACUGCCGUAUUUAUAAUAUAUAUUACUCGUACUGCACGUUGGCAGUUCGCGACCGUUGAUGACUUUCCACCGCAUUUAAAUUAUAAUUUACGAGCGAAAUAAUGUCAAUUAUAGGUACACGGGUCAAAAUGAAUACACCUAUUCCAAAUCUGAUAUAACAAAUUAGAUUUUAUUUAAUUAUUAAGUUAUACGUCCCACGAGUACAAAUUCGGACGUACAAAUUUAUAAAACACGUUUAAUUUUAACAAAGGUCCCCCCGUCGAAUAAUGUACCAAAAUAUACACCACUUCUAUGCGAGAAUUUAUUUUAGAAUUUGUACAACACAUUUUAUUAUUAUCACAUAUUUGAUCGUUAUUGUGACACAAGCCCCAAGCACCACAUCGUCCCGCCAACCGUCCAAACCCGGGACAUUGGACCGGUUAUACCUAACCGGUAUACCUGGUUAUUGUGUAUGCUACCUUGCUUUAUCAUACAUUUAAACGUGUUACUUCUUUAUAGUGUUCCGCCGAGUGUUGUUCGGCUAUACACAACUUCACAUAUUAAUAUUUGCUAUUAGAACGAAAAUUGACAUUUUAUGCCGUUAACUUUGGACUAAUUUUGUAUUAAUUGUAACAGUUAUCUAAAACUCUAAAGCCUGGAAAAAGCAUUAGUAAUCUGGCUCCACGUCCUAAGUGUCUUACAUAGAGUACUCACGUUUACAUCAGAUGCAAGUGUACUCAUUAUGACAUUUAAUAAACAUCCAAACUUACUUAUAUUCCAUUUUACAUUCCACAAACCGGAAUAAGAAUUUAUCCGAACCUAACUCUUUCUAGUUUACUCGUCAUAUUACACUUAACGAUAUUUAAUUAAUAAUAACUUUCACCUACCUCACUGAUCUGCAUGUUAUCGUGAUUGAAUAUUUUUUAGGACUUUUCGUCAGGGCUAGUAAUCUCUUUUGAUAAAGUCCAUUCAUCUAUAAUAGACACACUUAUUUAAGUAAACACAUUUACAUGAUGGAAUCACCUUCUGACAACAUUUGUUAAUGACAUGCAUUAUACGAUUUUAUAAUAUAUAAACAAUACAUCAUAUUGGGUCCGACUACUUACAUACAGUGGCAACGUAGCACAAUAUAAUUUUCGAUACACACACACACACACACAUAGACACUUACACUCACAGUGAAUUUAUUCUACCAAAAAAAAACCUAUAUUUUUUUGUUUCCCCGCGUUUCAUUUAUAUCUAUUCAAAAUGGUCAUUAUAUCUUACUUUUUUUUUUUUGAAUUCGAUUACAUUUUUUAGUGCUAAUCAUAGUGCUGAUUAUAGAAAAAAUUUUAGUCGUGGGACUAGUGAAUUAGCGACUAAAAACCGUUUCUAUUUUCUCGAUCGAGUUAGACUUACAACUUACAUUUGUUUAUCUACUUAACCAAUGAGACAUCAAUGGUGUUAUUAAAACAACGAGUAAAAUACAUUAUCGAUCAGAAUUUUCGGUCAACAAGUCAUAAUACUUUUUUAUGCUUCUGUUAUCCAGUGUAUGUUUGGCUUUACUGUAUUAAACUUUGAUGGACUCAUUCUCGUGCAAUUUUUAAACACAGUCACAUCAUCUUCAGCAAGUUCACUUAAGACCAAAUUGCUUUCUCGAUUCAUUUUUUGGCCCAAAUUAUAUUUUUUCUUUCCAUUUAUUUUUUUAUUGACUCACUUGAUUUUUUAAUCUUUAUCCAAAUGUAGUUUUUGGAUACUUAGACCAUCCUAAUUGUUUAUACAUUUAUAAAAAAAAUUAACAACCUACUAAAAUGAACUAUAACUAGUCAAAUUUAUUGGAUUUUGUAUAGGCAGUCAUUACUCGUCGAAAUUUAAUAUACGAUUUUUCAAUUCGCUUAGUGCUUCGGCUGGGUACUAUCCUAAUGUUGUAAACCCCUUAUCGAUGAAAAAAAAUGUAUUAUCAUUAAUAGAACCUAAUUAUGAUAUUGAUUAUACAAUAGACAGCCCAUGGAAUGCAGAGGCGUGCCUAGAUAGUUUUCAGGGAGGAGGGGCGAACCUAUUUUUUAAAUCAACAAUUACUAUAAGCGUAAUUUUAACCUUAUAUAUUUACCUUGGAUAGGCGAAUGACGAAUGGCUAUUUUUUUCCAUCCAAUAUACCGAGCAGAACAAGAAUAAAGAUACAGAUAAUACAAAAAAUGGCACGGGCAAGGCCGGGUGGGUGACAACUAGUAAAAUAAUAAAAUAAUUAUAAUAAUAAAUAAGUAAAAUAAAUUAUUAUAGUUUUUUCUACUGAUAACGGUAAAUUAAAAUUUAGAUCAUUAUUAAUUUGUUGACAAUGACAGUAAUUUGUAUAGGGACAUUCGUCCAUUCACCCCCCCCCCCUUGGGGACGCACCAAAAAUUUGGAUAAAUAGCUUUGGUCACUAACACACGGGUUGAGAACAGCUGAUAUAGACGCUAUUAAUUUACAAGGCACAUUCAAGUAAGUGUACUAGGCUUUUGUAGGUUUCAAAAAAUGUAUUUAAAAAUAAACUUUUACAAAGUUACAUCAGCACGUAUGUGGAUUAUUUUCCCACGUAGUCGCCAUCCAUCUCGAUGCACGUUGUAGUGAGACAAGAGAUCAAUUUUUGUAUGCAUUAUAUAUUUUUAUAGUAAUUUUAAGGCAAAUAUAUUAUUAAUACCGUCUGAUAUAAUUAAUGUAUUACGGUAGGUACCUAAAUAAAACAAAAAUAAUUAGGUCCCGUGAACGUAACAAGACUUUUCCAUUACAAUAUUAAACACGACGGCACACAGAUUAAUCGAUGUUCGACCAAAUUAGCGUUAUAUCUCGAAACGUAAAAUUCGUAUGACGUAUUUAUUGUUGGUUGUUUAUAAUAUUCUAACCGGUUCGGAAGGAUUAGUGUGCAUAAUAUUAUUUUUUGUGACGCCUGGACAAUUCUGAAUGAGAAACAAAUAUGGUUCACCGGUGCUAUAUAAGAAAUUUUGUGUUGCUAUUUUUUGCAUGUUCAGGACUUACAAAGCUAUUUUAUAUAUUUAACCAUAGUUGACCAUAGCUACUUUGAUUCUCAACUAGUAUAACUAAACGCAUCCAAAACAUAGAGUCGAUUCGGUUGCCUGUCUUAUCGAACAAUUCUGCUCCUUACAAAUAUUAAAGUUGUUUUCGACAUCUUAUCAGACGUCUAGUACUGAUGUAUUAUAGGAUUAAAUUUCGGAAUAUUGUAUUUUGUAUAGUUUUGAAAAGUUUGUGAAUUUUGGAGCAAUGAGUGAAGGAUUGGUUUUUUCAGUUGAAAACAUGUUCCAUAACAUCUCCCGUUGAAAAUUUCUAAAACAUGCUUCUGUUUAAAUACUCCCCUAUCUAAAUAGUUUAUGAUACUUAGGUAUUUCAUAUUUAAAUAACAAAAUAUACCAAUGUAACUAUAACUAUUUUAUAAUCUUACAAAAAUAUAACACAUACGUGUAUUGUUCCUAUUUCGGGGUUUUUUUAUUUCUGACACAUAAAUCAAACCAAUAAAAAUUGAUUUUAAACUUGAGUUGUAUGAAACAUUAAAAUAGCAUACUUACUACAUUUUUAAGCCACUUAAAACUAUACCAUCAAAAAUAUUCUAAUUAAAUCUGGGUUUUGUUUUUUUUUAUAAGCGUACUAGUGUUUUAUGCUUGAUCAUAUCAUUAUAUAAUAAAAAUACAUACAACAUUUAAGAAUUUUCAUAAAUGUCUAAAUACCCUGACAUCUAAAAUUAAACAUUUUAAAAAAAUAAUUUUUUAAUCGAUUUUCGAAGUUAAUUUUUAAGUUUAAGAUAUGACGUUGAUACACGUAUUUUUAAAAUUACCGGCAUAGUCCCCGCAAAUGCUGUCAGAAAAACUAAUUAAUGAAUAAUAAUAAUUUAAUUUACGAUUACGUGCAAAGCUAGGACCCCGAAUAAUUAAUAUUGUUUUAAUACGUUUCCAGAUUAAAAUGUAUAAUAUUAAAUCUGGGUUAAACAUAUACUUAAUUUGUUUUUUUUUUAUUAUUAUUAUUAUUUUUAUUAUUUUAAAAUUAAAAAUAAACCGUGUUUUCCAAUUAUUCAUCUUAUCGAUGUUAAAUUUUCGGAAUGGGGAUUUUAUGAGACGUUCGAUUUCAAUUUAUCAUCGGCUAUAUACAAAACAUGCAUAAACACCAAAGAUAUAUUUUGGUGAUAAACUAUUUACCGUUUAAGAUCGGGACAAUAAUUUUUCAAUUUAUAACUAUAUGAUUAAUGAUUAUAAUGUAAUUUUUUUUCCAUGUCAAUUUUUUUAAUCUAGAGUUUAUUUCGACCUUUAAGUAACGUAUUUUUUAGUUAUUCGUAUACUUAAUACUUAAUUCACCGCAUUUGUAUAACUUAUCUUUUUUAACAGCUUAAAGUAUAUAGUAGUAUAAGUAUGAAUAUAUAGCUGCAAAAUAAAACAGUUUUAAAAAGGAAAACGAAAACAAUAAAAAAAAAAACUACUAAUAAUAGAGUUACAAUACAAUGUUGUUAUUUUUUUAUUAUGGUUUGAAAUUUGGACGUUAAAAAUAAAAAAUAAUUUUAUUUAAAAAAAAACAGCCGUGAACAGCAGAGUUCCGUUACUAAAACCAAAUUCUCCCUAUACCUGUAUUAUGUAUAUGUACAAUGAAUAGAAAAGUUGUUAACAGUUUAAAAAAAAAAUAAACAUCAUUGUAAAACCAAUAUAUGCCUCGCUUCACUCAGAAUCUAAAAGUUGGGAAACACCGAUCAUAAAGUCGUCAUUUCUUCAAUCAAUCACUACUCUGGACUAUUCACUAAUUGUGUAUUCCAAAUUAGUUAUAUAUCUUCCCAUCGGCUCAUCAUCAUCGUUAUUUUCAAACACCUCUUAUUUUUAGGUUCUGUUAUAGCACUGUUCAUUUUUCAUAAAUAGUAACGGGUUUCGGCUUAUGUAUCAUAUAUGUCCAACCUAUUUCGGUCUCACUUUUUUUUUAUGAUUUUUUCAUAAAUAAUAAUAAUUUAUAGAUACCUAAACAAAUAAUUCAAUUUAAGUUGGUUUAAUUGAUGAUUUAGGUAUUUUUCCAUUUUUACGUAAUUAUUUCAAUUUACAAUCAUAAUAUUUUUAGGUACUUAUUUCUUGUGACUAUUACAAAAUUCUAAAAUAGCUACAUAUCUUUUCAAAGCCGUUUAGUUCUUCUUAAAAUGUGUUGCAUAUCAAUUUCGUUAUGAUUAAAUAAAUGUCAUCAUACUAUUUUGUUGUUGAGUUGUACCAGUUAAAGGUUACUCCUUGUUUUUAACUUGGGCGAUGUGAUAUUUACAGAUGAAAGAUCUGUGUCUCAAUUAAUUCCUAGAGCUAAAAGACAAUCAUAAUAGUAUAAUUUUAUUAGGUAAACGUUUGAAAGAAAAAUAUUAAUCAGCCAAAAUCGCAUAACAUUAUAAUAUAAAUAAUGCGCACGAUAAAAAUGUAAUAUUCAACUUUUACACGAAAUAAUAUGUACGUUUGACCGUCCUUUUUUCAUUAUUUAACGUGUAUAUGUAAUAUUAUUGUUACAACGCUAGAAUUUCGGGUUAAUUUAAUUUCCACAUUCAUUGUAAUACUAAUUAUAUUUUGUAGAAUUUUAUUAUUUAAUUACAUAUAUACCGCGUGGUUAAAAAUGCGUCGGCGCUUUUUAUCGUGUUUAUUUCAUUCGUGUUGCUAUAAACUGUAUAAAUUUAUAAUUUUACAUUGUAUUAAAUACAAAGUAUAUAAUUAUUAUUAUAUACGUUGUAAUGAACAACGAACAGAACAAUGAUAUUUGUGGACGUGUAUUUGUUAUACGUGUAUAUAUACACAUUUUAAACCACUAUUAUCGACCAAAAGUAUUAUACAAAAUAUCAAAAAAACUAAUGCAAAUAAAAAAAAAAAAAAAAAACAUUAAUUAUUAAAUUAAUAUCUAUUUUACGAGUGUAUGGUAAUUAUUAUUUGUAUUUUUAUGUAUUUGCGAGGUAGAUAUUUUGUUUCUUACUGAUACACAGGAUGUUCCAUUUAAAUCGGUAUACUCAUUGUCUUGAAAAGUUUUAAAUUUUUUCGAAAUUUGUUUUAUAGAACAAUUAAGAAACAAGCAGCUCUAUAAUUUUACUUUUACGUUAUUUUUUGUUACCCUUUUUUGGGUGGGAUAAAACCAUUACCCAUAUUAAACGGCAACGUAUAUUAAAAAUUCCAUAAAUAGAUGAAAUAUUAGUUAAAAUAAAUGUUGGUGUUGAAAUGUUUAAUUUCCAUCAAUCCGUUAACGAGAAAUAUCUUUUAAGUUUUGGUCGAGGAAAAAUAGCGAUCGGUGCAUCAUUAAUGUGGCAGCACGUCGCACUGCGUUUUAAUAAUGUACUACUACUCUCCUACGACCCAAACUUAAAAAUAGAAUAUCAAAUCAACGAAUUGACGGAAAUCAAAAAUUGAUUACUGAGAAAAGAUUUCAAACCCUAAGGAAUAUAAAAAUGACUGCUAUUAAUUAUUAUAAGCCCGGUUAUCCUUAGUCUUAUAUUUUUGUUCUUUGAAGAGUUAAAUUUUGAAGAUUAUUUCAUUACUAUUACUAGGUACAUUAUACUUAAGUUUUUAUAAAUAAAAUCAAAAAUUGUCAUUUUCAUAAAAACAUAUAUCCGUCCAACGGAUUUCCAAAAGAACGCAGUUCUUUAUUGAAUAUUUAAUUUAAUUGUCUUGUUAUUAUUUAACAAUAGUCUUAUUUUUUUCCUUCGCCUUCAUCUGAACUUUAUGAGCUCUGCCUUUAGUAAUAUUAAAAAAAAAAAAAAAACCGUACUUCCGUGUAAGCAAACAAGCAGGUAAUAUACGCCAUACAUAUAUUCGUGUAAAUUAUUAACAAAUGAAUUAACAAAUAAUUUGGUUUUAAAUACGUUCUACUUAUAAUAAAUUAAUUAUUUACGUGCAACAUUUAUUAAAACAUUUAAUUGUUAAUACUCGUUUUAUAAAAAUAAUAUUAAUAAUAUACGAUUUUAAAUAAUAAUUUUAAGUAAUAUACGAGAUUAAAAUAUUUUUUUUACGACAAGUUUCGAUUUAAUAAAUUAAACAAAAACGAUUAAACUAAAACAAAAUUUAAAAAAAACUUUAACAAAUAUGUAUACAAAUAGAAAACAAUAAUUUAACUCGAACUUUAACUGUGUGUUACAUUUUAUACAUAUAUAAAUUGUUUUUCAUGUUCACUUCUUUAUAGAUUAUAUAGAUUAUAUAAUUUAAGUUUUUCGCAAUUUAUGAACAAAUUUUAAUCAAAACUUUGGGGAUUGCCGGGGUUUAUGGUUAUUUUGAAAGGACCUACAGGAGGAGAAGGAGAAAAAGGACGGGACCAAGAGAAGCUGCAGAUGGAGGACAACGAGCAUCGUGCUGCCGUUAUAAAUAACGGGCAACUUCAGCUCGAUGUGCCCAAACCGCCGGCUCGCCGUUUGUCCCGAAGCACCAUGUCACUGAAGAUAGAACCCGAUUUACCGGCGAAACCUCCAAAAUUCCAGUUUUUCCCGUCAUCCCCGAUCAUGCCGAUGACCCCGAUCAUCGACUCGGUCAUCCCAAACGGAUUUUCGCCGCAACUUUACCAGGCGUACACGUCUAACAAAGCCACAGACUUUUUCUUCAAACAGCUAGACGGUAGGUUUAAAAUUGAUACCAUUUGGAAAUGGAUGUUCAAGUGUUUAAGUUGUAUAACAUAUUAGUAAAUACAAUAGCUUGUAAGUUGCAUAUUAUUAUAGAAGCCGUAAAAAUAAUAGUGUUCGUAUACACGGUACGAUGAGAACAGUGGCGUAAUUACGCAGUAACGCACAUUAGAGACACAUAAUAUUAUCUAUACAAAAUAUUGUUUUUUUAUGUAAAUACAACUCCUAGUUUUUUUGUAUAAACUUUAUUUUAAACAAAAACAUAAUAAUAAUAAUUAUUAUUAUUAUCCAUACUUUCCUUUACUUUAGAGCUAAUUAAUUUAGAAAAUUGCCGAUUCGUUGAAUAUUUUUCCUGGUUAGGUAUAUACGGUAUUAUACGGUGAUUACAAUUUGUCUGCUACUUAUAAUUACCACAACAAUCGUGUUUUUAACUAUCAUAUUAUAUGGUUCAAAGUUGAAGGUUUUUAUAACAAAAUAACAAAAAUUAAUCAUUUAUAUUCCGUCAAAACGAUUAAUUUUUGUUCCUUAGAUUACGCCACUGGACGAUAAUUUACUCAUUUUCUAAAUCACUGGUUCGCAAUAAGAAUAUUAAAUAUUUGCAAAUGUUUAUCGGUACAAUUGGUGUAUAAUAUUUUUCUCUCCAAUAAAAUUGUAUAUUUUACCUACGAUUUAUUCGGCGCAAUCGAUGCUAGCCUAACAUUUCUAAUUUUAACUUAUAGUAACUUUAAAUUAUUACAAAAUCAACAUUUUUUUUUUUUUUUUAUGAAAUUUUAAUGAUGUUUAUAUAACUUUGAAAUUAUAAACAAAUCAUCGAUAUUAUGGAAAAAAUCCUAAUUUAUUCUACUUUCUUUAAUAGAUAAUUUGAUAGUACAAAUCUUCAUUCCCGAAUUUAAAAAUUUAAUUUACUACCACAUCGUCCACAUUGUUGAUUGUUGAUUUAGAAUUAUUAUUAUUUCGCAUUAAAGGAAACAAUCAUAACAAAAUUUUUAACACUCACUGACAAUUUACAACCCAUUCCAAAAUCUGGUUUUUACCUUUAGUAUAUUAUUUUGACGGUUUACUAUGUGACAAUCAUGUCUGUGAACAAACUGAACUUUUGAUGAUUUUUACUUAGAUAGUCACGAAUAAUUAUAUCAAUUGUUAUUGUCUUAUUAUUCUAGUCUUUGACUAAAUUAGUGGUUUAAAAACUGGCUAUACGUAAACUUACGUAUAACUGUAUACGUGUACGAGAUCAUAAAAUAACAUAAAAUAAUUCUGGAAUAGUUAAACAUUUACAAGCCCUUACUGCAUAUAUAUUUAUAUUUAGUUCUAAUGGCUUAACGCGUUUAAUAGUAAAUUCGUGAUACGAACACUUAAAUAAAACGCUUCAAAUGUAUCUAUGUACUAUUUUUAUAGUUCACACUUAAAAACUGAAAACGAAUUGUUUUUAUUUCUACAAGGAUUCAAAGACACGAUCAUGACCACGGCCAAGUCAAGAUUAAGUUAUGGUGAACGAGCGGUCUUCUGGAUGUACGACAAAAUCCGAGAAUGGUCUCAAAUGUGGCUGACUCAUUUCUUCCUCCUUUUCAUAGCCGCUGGUUACUGUGCGGCUGGUGCCCUAGUGUUCCAAGCGAUCGAAGGGCACACGGAAAAGAACCACACGGAGGACAUCACCAAAGAGAGGACUGAGUUGAUUAUGCAAAUUACCAACGUAAGAACUAGUGCUUUAAAAUGUUAAUGCACUAAAAACAAAUAUACAACUAUAAACAACGCAGUAUAAUAUACAGACAUACGUUGAAAUAAAAAAAUAAAAAAUCCAAAAUUACAUUUCAAAAAAUACAAUGUAAAAAAAUUUAGUAAUUGUAAACACGAUUUUGUGUUUAUUCAAAUCAUUAAAUGUCCAAUUAAAAAAAUUAGAUUCUUCAAUGUGUCUUUUCUUUGUUUGGCAACCUGGGUAAUUUGUUUGCCAAAAAUUAAAUUAUUUUAUUUAAUAACAUUCGAUGAAACACGUCCUAUAUACUAUGAAAUUAAAAAAGUUUUUUGAAUUUAUUUUUAUUUAGCUACCUACUUUGAUUAAAAUGAGUAAAUUUGAGUAAGUUUUUCAAACUUGAACGAUAAAUGUAUAUAGGUAAUGAAAAUAUCACUUUUCAGUCUCGCUUAUAAAAAAACGCUUAUAAAAAUAAUUAAGAUAUUACUUACGUACAACGUUUUUGUUUUACCACUAAGUGCAACUAUACUUGUUAUGAUAAGUACGAACCGUAUGACAAACUUUUGUGCUUUUAAAAAACAUUUAAUUCACAUGAGUAAAAAAAGUGCAAACAAAUUUCGAUGAAAAUCCUAAAAAUGACGUUACUUCAAAACAGGUUUAACCAGACUUCUCUUAAAAUCGUAUAUUUUCGUUAGCAAUGAUUUUUCGUUACAUACAGAUAUAAAAUUAAAUUACUCUAAAAUAUAUCCUGUUACUAUCCCAACUUUCACCUACAACAGUGAGGGCACACUCGUCAGCAGUAUCAGCUACCCAUCUGAGGUAACCCAUAAAUCAAUCAAAUGAAAAAAUUCAAUUAAAAACAUCGUAAAGACCUUCAAUUCUCUUAAAAUUCAUUCACUACCUUUUUUUUAUAUAACAAACAAUUCGUUGACCAUUAACCUCGUUAGUUAGUUUACUAUAGUGUAAAGUUUAUACGCUCACUUAAAUAUUCAUACCGACGUUAUAAUAUAAUUUGUAUCUGCAAAACUCAAAUAUAAAAUAGCGACUAUACACUCACAUAAUAAUAUAAUUUCAUAUAUUAGUAGAUAAGUUGUAGUCAGCCGUUUUUAUUCCGAGAUCCUUGUGGUAAUUAUAUUAUAUAAUAUUAACUCGAAUAUUUCAUUUUUAUACUAUAGAAAAAACUUUUUUCCUUCCAUCACCACGGUCAUUUUACACUAUUUGGGAAAAAAAAUAUUUUUAUAUUUCCACAACAAAACUGAUUAUUUAUUGGUUUUUUUCUAUACUCUUCUUAUAUUUUCAUCAAAAAUUUGCCCAGUUUGAAUAAUAUAUUGAAUAAUUUUUCGGUUUUUAGAUUCUAAGUGUAGUGAAGAAGUUGUUAAUUUAACUAAGAUUUUGAAGAAAAGGAGAGAAAGUAAGAAGAGGAUCGUGAUUAAAUAUAUUUAAUCUAGUCUAGUUUAAUGUGUGGGCUUCCGUGUAUAAUCUUGUUUUACAAUUUCAAUUAAAUAAAUGAUAUAGGUCAAAUAUUUUUUUUUUUUUUUAUUUAUAUAUAUACGUAUAUAUUGUGUACAAAAAUUUUACCAGAAAUCUUGCUUCGAAGUAUCGAGUACAGCACUUUUUCUGAAAGGGAAUAUUCCUGAUGUGGUACUUUAGAGGAGUCAUUUUUUAAUUUUCCAAGGGGCUUUCAUAAUAAAUGGGAAAAAUGGGAAAAUUUACGAAAAUAAUACAUUUAUUAUUUUCAAUUUUAUUUUUUUGUUGUAAAUCAGUUAAAUAUUUGUAGAGACUUGACAUUUUGACAGAAAUCUUGUAUUUGUCAUUUAUAGUCGUGGUAAAAUGUUCAAAACAUUUGAGCCAUUUUUUAAGCUAUAUAUUUUAAUAAUACUUACUAUUAUAGCUGCAUCUAAAAUAAUAUUAACACACGACUACGAUUUUUAGUUUAAUUAUUGUUUUACAAAAUGUAUUAUAUGUAUUGUGUACACUGCACAAUGCUGCAAAGACCGGUGAUAAUACUGUUUUCGCAGGUUAAUAUGCGACGCCUAUAAUAGGAACACAGAAAAGGUGACGGGGACGAGUGGAGCACUGAGGGCGCAGGAAGGCACGGUAAUUAACAUCGGCCAACAAAGCACUGCUACGCGCAACAAAGGAAUAAUUAUUUCUAAUGAGAGGAUAGAUCGGCCGACUUUGUAUACGCCUAUCAACUGCAAAUAGGCACUGCGAUUCUAGAAGACUUCACGCAAUCUGCAUUGAUUAUAUAGUAGUCGUGAGGAGAAUAUAUAUCUAUAUAAACUCGAUGUUCAAAGUGCAAGGGUAGGAGACCUGUAAAGUCAAGAAGUUUAAGUAAAUCUAUAAUAAUAUACCUAUACUUGUAGCAGAGCCAAGAUGAGUCGGAUUAGAAGUUUUAUAAUGCAUAUAGUAUUUACUUGUAGUAUAUAUCUGUAAUAUUAAAGAUGUGUACACGCACUUGCAGUAGUGGACGAAAAGAGAAUGGAGGAACCACCCAUCCAAAAUAUAAAUGACCCUACAAUUUGUACUUAAAUUUUAAUCAAUCGAUUUACAACAAAAUUAAUAAAGGUUGAUAAUAUAUGUUUUUCAAACAUCCCCCCCCCCCCACUAAUCCCUCUUCGAACUUUUUUCCUGUACACCGGACAAAUUUUUAAACCUAUAGAAAAUAUUGAAUUAAAUGUAUUAUAGCUAACAUUUUUCGGACUAGUAAUCAGUGGCGCAUCUAGACUUUUCUUAUAGAAGGAAAAAUAUAUUUUAAAAAUUGCAUGUAACAAUUGGAUAGUACAAAUGUUUCAAUUUAUAUUUAAAGUAGAAUAUAACAUUGAAUAAACAAUUUGUUUUUUCUAAUACAUAUACAUAUAUUAAUGGACCACAGGGAGAGAAGCGAAUGCCCCGUGGUCGUCCUUCCCACACAAAUGUUCUACUGUGGAUAAUAAUAUAUAUCGAUAGUACAGCGACUUAACGACAACCCUUUCACACAAAAAAUAACAAUACUACGCUUUUGAAAAAAGUCAAUCUAUUUCGGGUGUUUCAUAUAUCAUUGCUUACGUUUAACAAAUAAGCUAGCGUUAGUAUAAGUACAGGCCACAGAUGUAAACGAGACAUUAGGAAGGUAGAAUACAAUUAUAUAGGGUAAUUUAGUUUGAACACUGUAUAAUGUGUAUGCAACGAUAAAUCAUUGCAAAUGAAAUAUCUAAGCGAUUCCGAGCAUUCAGCGAUUCAGCAUUUUUUUUAAUAAAAUUACAUUUCUAUAUAAUGUUGGUAUUCGAAUUUUAUCAUAAAUUUGAACAUAUCAAUACUGAUCGUAAUUAAUUACGACAUCAUAUUUAAAUUUGUCUUUGUCAUCACUAAAUACAACUUAUGAUGAACCUUAUAUCAAAUUUUUGAGUAUAAAUUCAUAAAAUGUAUCCAUAUUAUAAAUUAAAAAGCAAAACAUUUCAAAUAAGAAAAAAAAUUAAUUAAAAAGGGCCAGAAUAUGUAGAAAAUUAUACAUCUAAAAAUAUUUACCUAAUAUAAGUGAUUGCUGGAAAAUAUAUGAAAAAAUCUACAAUUAUUCGUUUUUGUAUAACAACAAAAAGUUGUAACAACUCCAAGUUAACAGCAAAAGUUUUUUUUUCAGUUCUCCAUCAUUAUUAAAAUAAAAAAAUAUAAAAAAAUCCAACAAUAAUGACUUUCUCAAUACACCAACUAUAAACAAAGUUUUCUACCAGAACCCAUCCUAUGUGUGUUGAUUAUAGAAUUGGGGCAGUGUUAAAGAAGGGGAAUAGAAGCAUAUAGGUGCCAAACCUUUUUAAAACUAUGAGACGCCUGGCUCAAUAUAAAACCCAAAAUAAAAUUAACAAUAUCACUAUUAUUAUGUCACUUUUAAUUUGUUUUAUUUUCAAACGUUUUACUUAAAGUAAUAUUAAAUAAUAUUGUUUGGCAAUUAUAAAAUAUAAGUACGUUACAACUUGGUAUUGUAAUAUGUGUAUUGUGUAACUAUAAAAAAAUUUAAGAGCAAUGAAAAAUCUUAUUUGGGGUAAGCAAAAUGUUGAAAUUUGAAUAUGAAUUUAAUAAAAUCGUAAAACAAUAAAUUUGGGGGGUUGAUUUACCUUCUAAAUAAUUUCCAGGUUAGACCUUAAUUGUGGGCGUUUAAAAAUUGAUAACUCUGGAUGCUAAAUGACUUUACACCACUCGAGGUAUAUGCAACAUUUCUAAUCAAAAAUUAAUUUACAGACAAAAAAAAACACAAACGUCUUAGUAUAAUAUUAUACGAUUUGUGUCUUCUUGUCAAAAAUAAAGAUAAAUCAUAGUGACUUAAAGGUAUAUUAAUUUUCAAUACAAAACUUAUUAGAAUGUACAUACACCUAUUUUGUAAUUUAGACCAAAAAUAAAGGGACAACCAAAACAAAAAUAUAAACAAACAAAUUGAUCUCUUCACUGAGCCCUCCUUAUCUGGGACCAAAUAAAUAACAAUGACAACAGAAUAUUGGUUUCCUUUGAAAUAAUUAAUAAUUAAUAUUAUAAUUAACGUUCGGAAUUUGUUUUGUUUGUAGCUAAUGAGAAAAAACGUACGGAACAACGAGUCGGUGUUCUUGAGCACCGCGGUGAAUCUCGUCCGCGAUUACGAAUCGUCUUUCCGAAACAAAAACAGCGGGAAAGCCGAGUGGAAUUAUUUGAACGCAGUAUACUACUGCGGUACCGUGUUCACGACAAUAGGUAAGUCACAAUAA